CUGAACAUCUCGAGACCUUUCAUAACGGACCGUUGUUCGCCUGAGUUCUUAGGGCCAAGGCAAGCAUCGCCGCGAGUCACUUCUUUCACAAUUGCAUUCUUAUCCACCCUUGAACCACCGACUACGUGCCGGGAACUGCGCGCUCGCAGCGCUGCAGCUUGAAUUUACUGGACAAGUAAUAUGCUGCUUCGCCACGCCGCAGAGGUACUGCGCUAGCACGGCAUGGCCGAUUUGCGGGGCCCUGGUGGCCCUCAGGGCGCCUUGUGGCAGCAGCUUUUAUCAGGCGUUCCUGGAGUUGCUGCCCUGCCUGUGGGAAACCCGGUCCAACGAGUUCCGGUCGUGAAUGUCGUUGCCGGAAUCCCGCAAGCUGCCCUCAACGGGCCGCAGCGGCACCAGCUAGGGGCUUCGGGGAGGGCGGCACUACAUAUAGCGAGGCACGCUCGCGCUCAUGAGCACUUACAUCAGCUCGGACUCGCAGGCGACCAGACCGGCGGGGCCCUCAACCUCGCUGUGCAGCAGCAGCAGCAGCAACAGCAACAGCAGCAGCAGCAGGCGCUGCUCGCGGCACAGCAGCAGCAGCAACAGCAGCAGCUCAUGCAGCAGCAUCACCAGCAACAGCUGCUGCAGCGGCAGGCGUGGGCGAGUCAGCAGCAGGCGGGGAUGCCGGCCCCCACGCCUGGUGGGGCCGGGUUCGUGGCAGGCGGCGGUGUCGUGCCAGCUGGUCAGGGUGUUGUGAUAGGUGGCCAGGCGGGUGCUCUGGCGUACGGAGUGGCGGGCGCGGGUCCACACGUUGGGGGCGGCGGCGUGUACGGCCAACAGCGCGCGGGGCCCACGGUGGCAGUUGCCGUGCCGGCCGGCGCGGAGGCGGCUAUGCAGCAGCAACAGCAGGUGCAACAGCAGUUGCAAGCACAGCUGCAACAGCUGCAAUUGCAGCAGCAACAGCAGCAGGUGCAGCUGCAGCAGGUGCAGCUGCAACAGGCGCAGGCGCAGGCGCAGCAGCAACAACAGCAUCAGCAGCAGUUGCGGCAAGCGGCGUUCCAGCAGCAACAAGCACAGCAUCAUCUACAGCAGCAAGCGCAGCGGCAGCAACAGCAUCAGCAGCAAGCCUUGCAGCAGCAACGCCUGCAGCAGCAAUUACAGUUGCAUCUCCAGCAGCAGCACCAGUACCAACAGCAGCAACAGGUGGCCCAAGCGCUUGCACAAGCACACCAAGCACAAUCGCAGCAGGCACAAGCGCAAGCCCAAGCUCAAGCUCAUGCACAACAGGCGCAAGCGCAACAGCAACAACCAGCACAGCUGCCGCAGCACUUACAGUUGCACCGGAUAGCCGCCGGCGCGGCACGCGCGGGCCGCCCCGCGUCCUCCAACUCCAUCACGCUCACCAGCGCCUCAGCCGCCGAUUCGCCGUCGGGCCAAUCCUCCGGCUCCUCGGCGCGCGUGCCGCUCAGCGAUGGAUCCUUCUCCGCACACAUGCUAGCCGCCGGCGCGCACGCGUACACGCUGCUGCACGCCCCCGGCGCAGCCGGCGCCGGCGCGUCCAGCGCCGCAGGCGGCGCGGCGAGCGGCGCGGCAAGCGGCGCGGCAGGCCUCGCCGGCCCCGGCGGCGACAGCUCCACUACAGAACGUCUUGCCCUCGGCGAGGACGGCGAGCUGGGCGGCGCGGAGGGCUGCAGCAGCGAUGCCGGCAGCGCGGCGGGCGACAGCGACAGCGAGUACAUCAGCCCCAACCGGCCCAUCUGCGAGCACGCCAGCUCCUGGGCCAGCCUGACGGCGGGGCUGCUGGCGCGGGUGAUGGGCGUGCUGUCGGCGGGCGGCGCGCUGGGAGCCAUGGCGCCGCUGAUGCGCUGCGUGUGCCGGCACUGGCGCAGUGUGGUGGACGUGCAUCUGGAGUGCCUGUCGCCCAACGUCAUGAAGGUCCGCACGGUGAUCACGCGCUUCGCCACGCUGCGCGCGCUGCACCUGGACCACUGCGCCAACAUUCGCAACCGCGACCUGCUGGUGCUCAGCCGCGCGCCCUCCGCCGCGCAGCUGCACACCCUCACCCUGGGCGACGACCGCUCGCGGCCCUGGGUGUCCAACCGCGGCGUUGCCAGCGUGUGCCGCAUCACCAGCCUCACGCGCCUCACGCUGAGGGACUGCAUGUCGCUGACCAACCGCGGCCUGGUGCCGCUGUCGGCGCUGACCGGGCUGACCUGCCUCUCACUGCGCGGCUGCCGCAAGCUGACCAACCAGGGCGUGGAGUCGCUGCGCGGCCUGCGGCUGCUGCAGUACCUGUCCCUGCACGGCGUGGUACGGCUCAGCGACAAGGGGCUGCUGCCGCUGGCGGCGCUCACGGCGCUGCGAGGGCUGGAGCUGGGGCACACGCGCGUGCGGGACGAGGGGCUGGGCUCUGCGGCGCGGCUGCUGCCGGGACUGCGGUCUCUCAGCCUUGUGCGGGAGGAGGUGACUGACGCGGGUGUGCGGCAGCUGUCGGCGCUGACGUGUCUGAGCCGCCUGGUGCUUCGGGACACGGUGGAGGUCAGCGGCGACACACUGGCGGUGCUGCUGCCCGCACUCAAGGAGCUGCAGGUCCUGGACAUCCAGCGCAACUGGUCCUUCAACAACGUGCAGCUGGCGCGCUGCCUGCCCGCGCUGGCCGCCGCCUCCAACCUGUCCUGCCUGGACCUGCGCGCCUCCUGGGUCACGGACGAGGGCGUGGCGGCGCUGGGCCGGCUGCCGGGGCUGCGGCGGCUGGCGCUGAGCCCGCAGCACGAGCACUGGGCAAAGUACCUGCACGUGCUGCCGGGGCUCACGGGCCUCACGGGGCUGGUGAUGGGGAACCUGCCCAGCGUCCCGUACCAGCUGGUGGAGGCCCUGGCUGCGCUGCCCAACCUGCGUGAGUUGGAUAUGUCUGAGCCGCCGCCGCCGCUGGAGGGCGCCGUGGGCUGGGCCGCCAGCGCUCUGGCCACCGCCACGGCCGUGUCCGCCAAGGAGCCGCUGCGGCCCUUCACGGUGGCGGCACUGGCACGGCUGAGCGCGCUGAGGCACCUUGACCUGUCCAGGCGCCACGUGCUCCCCGACCAGGCCCUGUUCCUGGCGGUGUGCAUGCCCUCCCUGGAGCGACUCACGUUAGUGCAGUGCGGCUUGGCGCCCUCCGCCGUGGCGCGGCUGUGGCAGCAGCGGCCCUGCCUGGUCGUCAUUUCCUCGGCCAGCGCCGCAGCCUACAUGGGCGGCGGCGGAGGAGGCGGCGGCGUGUGCGGCGGGGAGGGGCUGGGCGGAGGCGGGGGCGCGGGAGAUGGAGGCAGCGGGGAGGGAGGUGUUGGGGGCGCGGGCGGUGGGAGUAAGGUGAUGGGGUACGGGCUAGCGCUGGCCGCGCCGGCGGGUGGUGGAGGUGGUGGUGGAGGCGGAGGCGGGGAGGGGCUGUUGUUAGAGGAGGUGGAGGCGGGUGCGGGCGCGUAGGCGUGUGCAUGUGUGUGGGGCUGUGGAGCCGCGGCUGCUACCGCGCACCAGCUUCCGCUUUAUGUGCGCUGUAGUUACAUCAUAUACGGUAUGGGGUUGGUCAUGGGUCGUGGGAGAAAGCGUUUGUGCAUCUGAUCAUCUCUAACCCCUACCACCCGUUGUACGCUGCGGUGGGGGCGGCCCAGAGCCCCCAGACCGCUUGGCGUUUGCGAGUGUGCCGUUGCAGUGCAUGUCACGGCAGGGUCUGAGCUCGUAGCCCCGUAGGGUCCAAAGCUGCUGGUAAGGCCUUGUAUUGAUACCCAUCCUUUUAGCGGCAUCUGGCGAAGGCUGUGAAGCUUCGAGUAGUACGGUAGUACUCCAUCGUGGUGCUCGCGGGAUCCGGCCAAGGUGCGUCGCGUCCGACAGUUUUGCCGAGUGUUGUGCGGCGGUCAAAAGCAAGCUGGGUGUGUGGCCCUUCCGCUUGCGCACGGCCGCCGGGUGAUUCAUGUUUGUGCGCCACGUCGUGUGCCGGGUUUGGCAUUCGAGAGGUAAAUGCAAGGGUAAAUGCGCUUGUGUAGAGCUAAAGGCGUUGGUGGUGAAGCCCGUCCGGAACAAACCACGCCGCGCAUUUGCGGCCGAGCUUGGGUCGGCGGCGUGUGCUUUCGACGCUGUCUUCAUCUCGAUUGGGACAGGUGCGACGUCGACAAUGAUGAUUGCCGUGCUGUUUCAUCCAUGUGUUGUGUGGAAUGAUAAGACGGCCGGAGCGGCAGCGCGGCCGGGCACGUGUGCGGGCUGGGUCACGAAGGGGGACAAGCUGACAAGGCGGGUGACCAUGGUGCGUGCAGACGUGCAGUACGGCAGUUGCGCGGCUCACAGACUGACCUGGCAGGACGGUAUGUAUGGUUGGCAGACUUAGUGUCCAUACCCAUGACACCUUGCAGACGUGGUUACUUACAGGUGUGCGUUGCCUCAACGGUGUACACGGAAUGUGGUUAGGAAUAAAAAGGCGACGAGGUUGGCAGAAGGUGCUUGUAUGGGAUACGGUCCAGGCCAAAGCACCUGAGCAAAUACUAGUGUGCGCGCGUGGUGGUAGGCGGUAUCAGAUUGUCAGGGGGUCCCUGGUUCUCGCUUGAGUUGACCUGGGUCAAUUAGCGCGGCAGGAACAGCUGCUGCGUGCUUCCUGUGCUUUUCAUGUUGCGGCUAUGCGAUAGGUGUGUUCGGUUGGGUGGUGCUGGCUGGUUCGUGCGGGCUGACUUGAAGCGCCAGCGUCUCAGGGGGGCCUGGCGUCUGGGCGGGGACGGACACAUCGCGGGGUGUCAAGCUUAAACGAAUAAAAGUGAGGGCAUUGUAACAAUGAGCAGCU